AUGAUCGCGCAGACACUGAACUUCACGUACUCCUUCGUUCAACCACGUGAUUGCAAAUGGGGGUUAGAGGUCAAUGGCGUUUGGGAAGGAAUGAUUGGUCAGCUAGUUCGACAGGAAGUGGACCUCGUUAUUGCAGAUUUGGCUGCAACAGAUAAUAAAUUCUGGCCUAAGAAGGAGUCGCUGCGAAUACUGGUGGCUUUCUUCUGGAUAUUUUGUGUAGUACUAAGCGCCGCGUACGUUGGCAACUUGACGGCUAAAUUAGCAGAAACGAAAGAGAAUAAGGCUUUCAACAGUCUGGAAGAACUGAGAUAA